CGCCAACCAGCGGAGGAGAUGUAUCCAUUUAUCAUCAAAUAGGGGAUACCACUUACAAGUUGUCCGAUGACCCGCGUGGUCGAUUGAUGUACUACAUAAACACGAUUUGCGGACUACUGAACCUCAAAGGCAUAGACCCAACAAUCGAAAGAUACCGUAAAUUCCAUGAUUACAAAGACAUCAACGACAAAGGGGUACAAGAGCUACUGGAUACUGCAAACUGUAUACGUCCGCGAUUGCUACUGGGUUUAUGCCUUUUCGUUGACAAUGAGAAAUGCAAGAAGGCCGGAUAUGCUUCCUUGACAUUCCCUAAAACACCCAGUGUUAUCAAGAGGCUUCAAAUGCCCGAGGAUUACGUUGAUCUUCCGAAUGUUGGUAGAAUAGAAAUCACGAAGGUGUUUGUGGUCAAACGGUCGUGGCUAAAAUACAUGUUUACUGAGCCGUAUAGUGCCCUUGAACGUGGCUUGCAAUCGUAUUAUUUAGAGGAGGAGGAAGAGGAGGUGGUCCGCCGAGAAGAAGAGAACUUGCGUAAGAUGGAAAGAACGAAUUGCAUGUGCACUGUGAGCUGAUUACUUGAGAUUGUUAUGAUUAACCAAUUUAUGCCUAGUGGACUUUCCCAUCCUUCUAAAUUGCAUCAAUUUAUUUCUAAAAUUAGGGAUGUCUAGUAUAUUUAUCUCUAUAUCUAGAAUAUUUCUUACAGAAAUUCCUUAAAGCA